UCACCAUGGUCAAUAAAACAAUUAUGGAUGAUUUCACAGGUUGAUUUGGUUAAAGUUUAAUGGUCAUAGACAUUGAGAGCCACAGGUUCACAGUGUUGGCUUCGUCAGCCUGUGGGAAGGAGGCUCAUUCUAGAAGAAUCUACAAGAGGCCUGUGAAGUCUACAGGAAAAUGGUGCAGAAGUAUACUGUGGUGGGCCUCGCACUCCUGCUGCUGGCUGCAGUCGGCACGUUUUUGGCCGUUUUCUUUUCCGUUCAGGGCAAGAAGGCCUCUCCUGAACCUGAAAAUGGUUACUUCAAGGCAGCAGUGGCAGCAGAUGCUGGGACAUGCUCCGAGAUCGGCAGGGACAUCCUGAAGAGAGGCGGUUCCGCUGUAGAUUCUGCCAUCGCGGCUCUGCUGUGCGUGGGAUUGAUGAAUGCCCACAGCAUGGGCAUCGGCGGAGGGCUCUUCUUCACUAUUUAUGAUGCCAAAACAGGAAAAGUCGAAACCAUCAAUGCGCGUGAGACGGCCCCAGCAAACGCAACCAGAGAUAUGUAUGGAAAUAGCACAGAGCUUUCCCAGAAAGGCGGUUUGUCCGUCGCUGUUCCUGGAGAGAUUCGGGGAUAUGAGAUGGCCUAUAAACGACAUGGGAAGCUUCCAUGGAGAGAGCUGUUUUUACCAAGCAUAAAACUGGCCAGAGACGGCUUUCCCAUUGGCAGCGCAUUAGCCAGUGCCAUUAGAUCAAACAGAAAUAUCAUUACAAAUGAUAGGAUGUUAUGUUCGGUGUUCUGCGAUUCCGCUGGAAACAUCCUGAAGGAAAAUGACACCAUAACCUUUACAAAGCUGGCAGACACAUACGAGGUGAUAGCAGAGAAUGGGCCGGAUGCGUUCUACAGUGGAUCGCUCGCUGAGAACCUUGUGAGGGACAUCCAAGCUGCAGAGGGGAUUAUAACUCUAGAGGACUUGAGAGAUUACAAGCCCUUGCUGGAUGAAAACCCUCCCAGGGCUACUGUGGGUCAAUUCACAAUGGUGGCACCAAACGCGCCUGCCAGCGGCCCGGUCCUUACAUUGAUCCUCAACAUCCUGAGCGGUUACAACUUUAGUCCGGACAGUGUCUCCACCACUGACAAUAAAAUCCUCACCUAUCAUCGCAUAGUCGAGGCGUUCCGGUUUGCGUAUGCAAAAAGGAGCGUCUUGGGGGAUCCACUAUUUCUCAACAUCACUGAUUUCAUCCAGAACAUUACUUCCAAAGGCUAUGCUGACAUGAUAUUCCAGAAGAUCACUGAUAAUACGACUCAGCAAGAGAGCUUCUAUGAUCCUGAGUUCUAUAUUCCUGACAAUCACGGCACGUCACACUUGUCAGUGGUGGCAGAAGAUGGCAGUGCAGUGUCUGCCACCAGCACCAUCAACCUAUAUUUUGGCUCCAAGUUUAUGUCAAAUUCGACAGGAAUUUUACUUAACAAUGAGAUGGAUGACUUCAGUUCUCCCUUGAUCACCAACAACUUUGGAGUCCCUCCAUCUCCCAACAACUUCAUUGUCCCACAUAAAAGGCCCAUGUCUUCUAUGUGUCCCGCCAUCCUGCUAGACAAAAACAAUAAAGUCAAAAUGGUAGUAGGAGGCUCUGGAGGAACGAAGAUCACCACAGCAGUGGCCCAGGUCAUCCUAAAUGCACUAUUCUUCGAAUAUGACCUGAAGAAAGCAAUAGCAGACCCAAGAAUUCAUAAUCAACUCAGUCCGAACACCACACAGGGAGAGCCUGACUUUGACAAGGCCGUUUUGGAGGGUCUUGCCCAGAAGAACCAUGUCACAGAGGUGUUGAAGUCCACAGGCGCAGUGGUUCAAGCCGUGGUGCGGGACGAUGCUGGCCUCAGCGCUGAGUCAGACCCCCGUAAGGGAGGAUACGCAGCUGGGUACUGACCUCCGACUCAGCGAUCCAAGUCUCCAGGCCAGCUGGAGGCAAUCGAGAUGCUACUUCAAGACCGCAAGGACACUUUCCCCCUAUGCUGCUCUCAAACAACCAAGUGCCUCCAUGGGAGAUCCCACAGGCAAAUCAGAAGUGCUGUCGAUGUUGAUCUCUUCACACUCCACAAUUAAGUGAAGGAGUUAAACAAAUUCAAACACACACACACACACACACACACACACAUUGAACACACACAAUCUAUCUUUGGCUGUGACACCACCAUACUGCUCAUUGUAUUUAUUUCUGCAAAUAAACGCAUUGUGAUGGCGAUUAUGAA